AAUGUCUGCUACUGGGGGAUAACACUGUCUCACAAGGAUUCAUACAUGGCUUUAAUAGUUCAUCAUCUAUUCUUCAUAUCAAUGUUGACACCAUGUCAUUUCAAUCAAAGAUGUGAAGAAGCAAUGGAUUAUAAGUUAUCUCUGUGGAGUAAAUCUAAAUAGCUUUUAAUCCUGGGAUUUCUAUAAGCAGCUAACAAUGACGAAAACGACAGAGUUACAACUUUACGAUGCGAGAUGAUUAAAGCAAAUGAUAUUGAUUUUACCGAGCAUGAAGCUUUGCAGCGACAAAUAAGUUUGCAGAAUACCUUUGAAAGGUGGGUUAGGAGAUAAGAUAUUGGAAAUUAUUUGUUUGAUCGAUUUGUCCGACGGCAAAAAAAGAAACUACUACUUAAUUAAUUACUUCCGAUAAUGGAAAACGACUAAAUAAACAUCAUGUCACACGACAAGCUUCUUCAUGACCAUUGCAAUGGAAGUGCCACACUUCAGAGCUCUGACAGAAUAGAAAGAUCAGAUGUUGUUCCAAUGUUAGCAUCAGAAGCUGAAAUUCCGGAAAACGAUAACCAAAAUGCCUUGACUAUUACCCGUAAAUAUGUACCAGUAAUUCGGGUACAGACACCCAAACCAUGUGAUAAUAAGAAACGUAUAAUGAUGAUCAUACUUGGGUCAAUGUUUGUGUUUAUUGCUCUGGUAUUUCUUAUAACAGGAACUAUACGAUUCCAUCAAUGUCACCCCAGUAAGAUUUCUGCUCAGUGGGAUAAACGGUUUCUUACUGUCCAUUUUGAUGAUUUAGUAGGUUUAAAUAAUUAUGCUCUAGAAAAGAAUGUCAACCAAACGUCCAUGUCAUAUCUAAACUCGAAUGGUCCGGCAUAUUUAGCAGUAGAUGGGGACAUUAAAACAUGUUCCAGAACAGAUGCAGAAUUGUCACCAAGAUUACAAAUAGAUCUCAAAUAUCAACGACCAGUAGGAUUUAUUUUAGUGCAUGGUAAUUUACAAAAUGCCUUACAUGAUAUUACCAUAUAUGUUAUUGGAGAGGACGGGUUACAUAGUUAUACGUCAGAAACCAAUAUUUGCGAGCAACAUAAAGGACUUGUAAAGAACCAAGCUAUUAUCACCGAUUGUGGUCAGCCUCUUAAUGGACGAUACAUCAUUAUAGAAAUGAAAAAUUCUGUCAAUGCACUGGAUAAUUUGAUGCUUUGCGAGGUGAUAGUUAUUCAACGUUAAAGUAUAGACAUGGGAAUUCAGCAGCAAUACAUGAUCAAACUGUUUACAGAAUACAGCAAAAUACCCGUGGCCGAUUUUCAAAUACAAAUAUAAUUUAAAUUGUCCCGAGUUCUCAGCAAUUCAUUAAGAUAACAUCCAGGUUUAUGCAAAUUAAAGAGUUGAAGUCGUUUGUAUAUAUAUAAUUUAUUAUACAUAUAAUCAAAGUAUACGUAUUUGUACAUUAAUCAAAAAAAUACAGCCAACUUCCUAAUCUUUUUGAUUCACUCACUGACAUUAAGUUAGAAUCUGAAACUUGUUGAAACAUGUAUGAAUUUCAGUAGAAAUGAGUCUCUAUGAUAAAUAUUUUCAAAAAAAAUGUUUUAAACUAUUUUACGUUUAUCAAUAUAAUCAAACUGUUAUUCAGAGCCUCACAUUGUUGCUAAAGACAUUUUGAUAAAGUAUUGCCACUUUACAUAAUAUUGUGCAUCGAAGGAUAUCCUUAAAUUGUUUCUGAAUGACACUACAUAGCUUACUUACUUCGGAUGGAACAUUUUUUGUUUAGAAUGUCUAAGAUAAUUAUUAUGUUUUUCUUAUCCAUGUUUUGAAUAAAUAGUUAAAAGCCAGAAUCUAUCAAAAUGCUUGAAUCAUCUUUGGCCAUUUGAUUUUUUGUCAAAUUUGGUCACAAGUUCGGGAGCACGUGAUAUUGUAAUUAGAACUUAAAGGUUCUCACACGAGAGUGAUAGCAUGCAAUAAAAAGAAUGUAGGGUUUUAAAUCGGCCCUGGUAUGAAAUACAUGCAGGUGAAACUGUUCUUAUCUCAUUUAUAUUCAUAGUUCAAAAUGUAAACAUUCUGUCGUAAUAAAAAGUGCUUCACAGUGAAAUUGCUUUGCAUGAAUGUAGGAGAACAUUAUCAGUUAUCCAUCUUAUAUAGAAUAGUAAUUGCACUCGCCAGCUCGCCAGAAUGAUAUUAUUCUACCAUAUGAACUCUAUUUACAAUAAUAAAUGCAACAUCCUAUUAUAAGACUAGACUAAGAAUACGGGAGUUUUAUAAGAUUUAGGGCCCAUUCCCUUUAAAUAUUUGUGAAAAUAAGAUUGUUAAUACAAUGCAAAAGCUAAAAAUAUACGAUUUCAUAUGCACUUUUACCGAAAAAAAAAAUAAUAUAAUUGUUUACCGAUGUAAUGUUUUCAUUGUACACAUCUUAUUUUUAUAAAAGAUUGUUUUUGCUGAUA